CGUUCGGUGCUUCCGCGUUAUGAACACGAGCAGGUGGAGAACGUCGAUAGCUACCAUAAGCUCCUUUGGGUGCCUAACAAGCAUGAGGCUUUCGAUCUUCCGUAAAUCGUCAGGACCACCACAGAUUCAUCAAGCAGGGCAGGGGAAAUGGCGCUGUAACGUUGGGCAACAAUGUCGCAUCAACUUACUAGUUAUCAGUUUCUCCGGAUCUAGCGGAGCACGUUCCCUGCAGCCAUCGUUGGCACUAUAACACCGUCAAGAGCUACGACCUUUGCUUGAUUCAAGACCUUCUCGCCUUUCCAGCCAUCGAGAUCCCGCCAUGUUCAAUACUUCCUCUAUCUCGGGUCAUAUCACCCUCGAAUCUGCUGGGCUCGUCGCUCUAGCUGAUCUCUCCAUUGUCGCAGUGAGAACGGCUCUUACGGGGACGGCAUCCUGGAUUGACAUUCUUGUCCUUGCUCCAGGGAUGCAUCAGCAGCAGUCCGCCGACGAGGUCAAUCGUGCGGAAUUUCCACAGACUGGUUCAUUGACCAACGGAUACGUUUUCCGUAUCGAGAACCCCGCCACAGUCAGCUACCUACAACGUAUCGGCCGUACCGGACACCUCGUCACCGCUUGGGUAGAGCCAAAACCAAUCCCCAGCAACCCGCUAAUGAUUCCUUAUUUCGGGGGCAUUGAUCUAUCCCCACAAAAUCAUCCCUUCUACAUUGCUGGCGUUUCUGUGGCUCUGCUUUAUCUAUUAUGUCCGAUAUUGACCAUCGUCGUCUUCGUACUCGUUGGCUCCAUCAGGGACUGGUGGGCAUUAGGGGUCCUGGGGAUGCUUGUUCUGUCCAGAACGAUCAACGUGUUCAUCAUAAAGCGGAGAGUCGCGGACUCGGAGAAUUGGAAGGGGACGUUGGAGAAAGGUGAAGGAGAUCUCCUCAUAGUUUUGAGUCAGGAUCGAUGGGUUCGUUUGCAGGGGGAGCUAUCUGAUGUCAAACGUGUGACUGCAGGCCAGUGGCUACGAGACGAGGAUCGCUUAGAGGGCCUUGCCGUAGGGAUUGCUACGCUGUUGGUAUACGCAGCUGCGGCCCUGGCUGGUAAUGCAUCAACGGUGGGGAGCCUGCUUAUUGCAUUGUUGCUUCUUUGCUCUGUCGCUUUAUUGGCUCUCUGCAACUCCUUCACACAUCGGCUGCAAAUGUACGAUUGCAUCGUGCAGGAGGAUAAAACACUGAAGAAACAUUAUGACCGGAGGUUGGACAUGGUCAAGGACCUUAUUGCGGAGGAAAGAAUCAAGUAUGCAAACGGGAAACAUGAUCGUGAAAGCGAUCCGGGUGAAUGGGCUGUUAGCAUGGGGCUGAUUAAACGUCGUCAACUGGAGGACAUUCUUCCAAAGUCUGUGUCAUCGUCUACCAGUAGUUGUAUAGGAUCGCAGGCCUCCACUAUAUCUUCCUCUACCGAUGUCUAGAUGCGUUUAUUUAAAUAAACAUCUUUUGACUUCCAUGAGCGACAGAGGCUAUCCCCUACAUGUCCAAUCGUCGCUAUGAAACUCCGUGAUCAACAUACGACUCAUUCUAAUACGUGCCAAACC